AUGGGCCUCAGCGUGCCAGGCCUGGUGACCAGUGUCCUCUUCUACGCGCUCAUCGUGGCAGUGGGCUUCUGGGGCGCUCGGAGGAGGCUAGAUCGGGGGCGCAGCGCAAACCCGAGCGAGGACCUGAUGCUUGGAGGCCGCAGCGUUGGUCUGGUUGUCGGAGUGUUCACCAUCAUCGCCACCUGGGUCGACGGCGGUCUGCUCAGCGGCAUUGUGGAGGAAACCGCCGUGAGGGGCGUUCUCUGGUGCCAAGCCCCGGUGUGCUUUGCCCUCAGCCUCCUCUUCGUUGGAGCGUUCUUCUCGGGCCCCAUGUGGCGUUCCGGAUACGUUACUCUGCUCGACCCGCUGGAGAAGGCAUUCGGCAGCCGGGUGGCGGCGCUGCUGUUUCUCCCGGCUCUGGUGGGAGAGAUCUUCUGGUGCGGCGCCAUCUUGAAUGCCCUAGGCGCCACGGUGAGCGUUAUCACGGGUCUCGGGCACGUGACCUGCGUGCUCGUCGCCGCCUCGGUGGUGAUGCUGUACACCUGCGUCGGGGGACUGUAUUCAAUUACGUACACCGACGUCCUGCAGCUCGUGCUCAUGUUCGUCGGUCUGUGGGCCUCGGUUCCAUUCGCCAUGAGCAACGAGCACCUAAGGCCCCUGGGCAGCCUGCCGCCGGACCAGUGGCUCGGGACUGUUCUCCCGUGGCAGGUGCCUAGCUACGUCGACAACUUCCUCAUGAUAGUCUUCGGGGGAGUGCCCUGGCAGAACGUGUUUCAAAGGGUGCUCUCUGCGAAAACCGAGUUCAGGGCCAAGGCGCUUCCCUACGCCGGGUGUGUUGGCACCUUGGUACUGUGUCUGCCCGUGCUCCUUCUUGGACUCGUCGCAAGGGCUGCCAGAUGGCAAGAUACCUCUUAUACCAGCGCCGCUGGCGGCACCAGGUCCCCGCUUGAGGACGAGUCCCAGUGGUCCCUGCUCUUGCCCCUUACGCUGCAGCACCUGACUCCCAAGUCGGUGUCAGUCCUGGGGCAGGGGGCUGUGGCCGCGGCCGCUAUGUCCUCGGCAGACGCCUGCAUGCUCAGUUCUGGGGCCCUCUUCACCAAGAACGUUUAUGUUCCGCUGCUUCGGCCAAAGGCUUCCGAAACGGAGAAAGUCUGGGUCUUGCGCUCCUCCAUCGCAGCGACCGCCGUGAUGUCGUCAGCCAUGGCCGUCUCCGUGGAUUCGGUGUACGGUCUCUCAAUCCUGAUCGGCGAUCCGGUGUACGUCAUACUGUUCCCUCAACUGCUUGCCGUGGUGCACUUCCCGUCGCUGUGCAACGCCUACGGGUCUCUCGUAGCCUUCCUGGUCGGGCUCGCCCUCAGGGUCAUAGGCGGCGAGCCCGUGCUGGGGCUCCCGGCGCUGUUCCGCUAUCCGUUCUUCGACGAGACAACCCAGCUGCAGCUGUUCCCGUUCAAGACGGUUGCCAUGCUCAUCAGUCUGGCCACACUGGUUAUGGUUUCGGCCGUUGCCAAGGCCAUCUUCAGAACGGCGUCUUUGCCGCCAAGAUACGACCUCGUGCACUGCCAGUUCACAGGCGCAGUUACAUGCAAUACGUCAUCCGGAGAAGAGACUACAGGCACCAAGGGGGAUGCUCCCGUGGUUUCCGCUAACUCCAGGAGCCGAAUGGGAAACUCACAAACGGAAGCUGUCAGCAGCGUUUAGGAAUCGCUGUGCUGGACAAGGUGAACUCUUGGACGAGAGAGUGUUUGGGUUGCUUAAUUUGGAGCUAAGUGACUGACGGGGCGUUUGGUACCUUCAGACGAAGGCGUUUGAAGUCAAGGAUCAUCAAAUAUCCUUGACCUGUGACAUCCAGUCAUCAGGACGGGAAUAAAUCUGAAA